CUCCCCCGCCGCCUGUGACGCAACUCCCAUCACCGCCAACUCCUCUCCAUAUCCUUUGAAUUUCCUCCGACAACCAUGCGGCGGAAGCCGCGCUUCACCGGCCUCAUCUUCUCCGUUGCCUUCUUUCUUCUCUUCGCCUUUCAAUUCUCCCGUAAGGUCUUCUUCUUCGGCGCCGAUCUAAAUAUUUCUUCUUCUUCUUCUAACCUUCUCCCUUCGCGUUCUGCUAAUUCUGUUGUUCAUUACGCUCUCCAUGAAACUAAUCUCGACUUCCCUCAACAACUCACUCACCGGACUCGCCACGUCUCUUCCAUUCUCGAUCCUAUUCCGACGGUUUCGCUCCUUCUUCCCGAUUGGGAAGUUCUUCUGAUUUCUUCAAUCGACACGCCGCUUUCUUCUCCGGAUUCAUUUCGGGACUUUCUCUGUUUGUUUCAGAACAAUGCUACUUCAUCGGCUAAUUUUUCUGGGGUUUUGGAUUUUACUGGUCGGGUCACGUUUAAGUGUCUUAUGCCGGAGUCCGUUCGUCGUCUCCGGCCCUUUUUUCAACCGUUGCUAACCAAAUCACCGGACAAGGAAUUUUCGUCUUCUUUGUCUUCUUCUUCUCCGGCGCCGGAAUUGAUGAGGUGGACUUUUUUCGCUUAUGAAGCUUUUGAAACAGAGGAGGAUGUCGUUCUGUUCGUCAAAGGCGUGAACAAUCGUCAAGGAAGUAACCGGCAACCGACUGAUUUAAACUGCGUGUUUGGCGAUGGCGAUGACGCCAUUAGAACUGCCGUUACCAGCUCCGUGCAGGAGGUUUUCCGAUGCCGUCAUCCGAAUUUAACGACCAGUGAAGAUCACGACAAAUUCAAAAUUACUCUAGAAAUUCUCGACGCGAGAGGGAAAAACAUCCUCGUGCCGUCCGUCGCUUAUUACUCACCGCGCCGCAGCGGCGAUGGUGGCGGCUUAGUGGAGACUGAGGCGCAAUCAAUGAUUUGUGCUUGUACGAUGGUAUACAACGUCGGAAAGUUCUUGAGGGAGUGGGUGAUGUACUACUCGAGAAUCGGCGUUGAGAAGUUCAUUCUAUACGACAACGGCAGCGAAGAUGAAAUUUCCGCCGUCUUGAAGGAAUUGAAACAAGAAGGUUACAACAUCGAGAUCGUUUUCUGGAUUUGGCCUAAAACGCAAGAGGCUGGAUUUUCUCACAGCGUUGAGUAUUCGAAGAAGUCAUGCAAAUGGAUGAUGUUCGUCGACAUCGACGAAUUCGUCUUCUCCCCCUCGUGGUUAAACUCAUUGAAACCGUCGAAGAACAUGCUGAACUCUCUACUUCCGACGAAGAAUAGCGGAAUCGGAAUGGUCACAGUCAUGUGCAACGACUAUGGACCGUCCGAUCGUAUCUCGCAUCCGGCGGAAGGAGUAACACAGGGGUACAAUUGCAGGAGAAAAGUAGAAGAAAGGCACAAAUCGAUUGUUUUAUUGGAAGCCGUGGAUCGGUCGUUGUUGAAUGUGAUUCACCAUUUUAAAUUGAGAAAGGAGUUUCAGUCGAGACAGAUGCGGGUGGAAGAGGCGGUAGUGAAUCAUUACAAAUACCAAGCGUGGCCGGAGUUUCGAAUGAAGUUCCGACGGCGCGUGUCUGCGUACGUGGUGGAUUGGAAAAAUUCAGCGAAUCCAACGUCAAAGGACAGGGCGCCGGGGCUUGGGAACACCGCGGUGGAGCCGCCGGAGUGGCCAAGGAAAUUCUGUGAGGUUAGAGAUGAUCGGUUGAGAUUGCUGACGCAGAGAUGGUUCGGGUAUGAGACGGCGGACGGGUAUAGAAUGGCAUGGCAGUCAUUAUGAUCGGUUGUUUCUUUGUAGAUUUUCUUACCUUAUUGUUUUCUUUUUUGUGUAUAUUACUUUAAUUAUUUAGAGUUCACCAAAAUACAGAGAAUACAAAAACAAACCUCAUUACUUCAUUUACAACUUUUUUCUUAAUAUUACAUUUUGUAUGUUUUUAGAAUAACAACGUCAAGAUAGAGAAUCAAACAUCCCAGAUUUUAACUUCAGUGUAUAAGUUGUCAUAUGUUAAAAGUGUUUGUUAUACCAAUGAUAUAAUAACAUCCUAUAGUCUUUACAUAA